AUGAACGACAGAGGCAACGCGUCUUUCUUGUGGCGAUUUUUUCGCUCUACCAUCAAGGGCAUCAAGGUGGACCUGCUCAUCUGCUGCGGAGACUUCCAGUGCCUGCGGAAUACGCAAGACUUCGACGGCCUCGCCUGCCCAGACAAGUACAAGCACCUGGGAACGUUCCACAAGUACUACAGCGGGGAGCUCGUUGCCCCAGUGCUGACGAUCUUCAUCGGAGGCAACCACGAGGCCUCCUCUUACUUGCAGGAACUCCACUACGGGGGAUGGGUAGCGCCCAACAUCUAUUUCCUUGGGUUCGCGGGGGUGGUCAGGGUGGGAGGGGUAAGGAUAGCCGGCAUGACCGGGAUCUUCAACGGGAGGAGCUACAAGGAAGGCCGGCACGAGAGGCCUCCGUACAACAGGGACACCCUGCGGUCGGUUUACUACGUCCGGGAGCUCGAGGUCUUCAAACUGGCGCAGCUCACCGGACACGUGGACCUGGUUCUGUCUCACGAUUGGCCGAGGGGCAUCGUGCGCUACGGGGACGCCAGGUAUCUGUUCAGGAAGAAACCGUUCUUCAAGGCCGAGGUGGAGGACAACACGUUGGGCAGCGCCGCCGCGGAGCAGUUACUGCACAAGGUCCAGCCGGACUACUGGUUCGCCGCCCACCUGCACGUCAAGUUUCCGGCCGUCGUGAGGCACGGGUCUCCCAGGGAAGGGCAGGGUCGGGAAGGCUCUGAGGUGAAGGGAGUCACGCGGUUCCUCUCGCUCGACAAGUGCCUUCCACAUAGGGAUUUCCUCCAGCUCGUGUCGGUACCGCGACCGGAGGGGCAGGAGCAGGGGCCGGGGGCAGCCGGCGGCGGGGAGGGGGACGAGGUGCUGCUCGAGUACGACGUGGAGUGGCUGAGCAUCGUGCAGGAGUCGCACUACCUGCUGUCCAACUCACGAGGGCAUGUGGACAUGCCUUUCGAGACUCCGCGAGUGCAGGUGGAGCAGAUGGCCUCUAUCCGAGAAGCUCUGGCGGCGCGCGGACUGCCUGGCGGUCCCCUGGUGAUCCCUGAAAACUUCGCAAUGACCGCACCUCCGCCGUCACAAAUGGAGUGUCAAGGACAGAAAUCCUCGAAGCCGCCCCAGUCCCUCCUGCCCAACCCUCAGACAGACGAGUUUCUCGCUAUGCUCGGCCUAGACCACGUCGUCACCGUGCCAUGUCCGGGGUUCCAAUCGAGAUUCGGCGGCGGCGGCGGCGGGGGAGGGGGCUCAGGACAUGGAGAAGGAAACGGAGGGGGCGACGAGGAGGGGGCGGCGGCGGUGCAGGACGACAAGUACGAGAUCGAUCUCGAUGCUGCCAGGGAUGAUCCGAACGAGAUCCAGCUCGAUUGA